AUGAAGGCAUCGCUCAUCCUCGCCGGCGCGUCUCUCGUCGCUGCCCAGUACUUCCCCGGAGAGCCCGACUGUGCUAUCCCCUGCCUCACCUCGGCCAUCACCAAGGCCGGCUGCGACCUCAACGACGUGCAGUGCCAGUGCGGGCCCAAGCAGACGGCCAUCGCCGGCAACGCCGCGGCCUGCCUGAUCGGGGGCUGCAGCCCGGCGGACCUGGCGCAGGCGCAGUCGGCCGGCCUGGCCGUGUGCUCGAGCCUGUCGGAGGGCAAGCUGACGAUCCCGGCGACGGCCACGACCACGGGCGACGCCGCCACGACCACGGACUCGGACGCCAGCACCACCAUCACGGGCGCCCCCGGCAGCUCCGGCGCCAGCAGCGGCGCCGCGUCGACCACCGGGACCGCCACCGAGACCACCGAGGCUGCUAGCACCACCGGGACCACCAGCGAGAGCGCCGGCAAGACCAUCACCAACCCGGUCGUCAGCUCGACGGCGGUCCCCUCGGCUAUCAGCGGCAGCAGCACGUCGAGGACGACCAACGCCGCCCCCACGCAGGGCGCCGCCAAGGUUAUCGGAGGCGUGUUGGCCGGUGUUUUGGGCGUUGCUGCUGUCUUGUGA